AGAACCCGGCUCAACAAGUGCUUUUCUGAGUGGAAACCACCGAAGAAGAAGAAGUGAUGGAGUCCUCCGAGCACACGCAGUGCGUCUCCGGCGACCCUCCGGCCGGUGGCCCCGGUGCGAACGGACACUUUGAUGCCACGGUCAAGUGCGCGGCACCGGGCGGCUCCGGGCGCGCGGCCGCGGACCCUGCAGCCGCCGCCGGAGCCCCGCAGCCUCCCGGCGCGGAGUGCAGCGCCCCGCGGGCCGUGACGGAGAGCUGGCGGGAGGAGCGCACCAGGAGCGCGGAGGACAACGAGACCAGCCUGCCGUCGCUGGUCGCCGCGUACACCUCCAUCCUGCGGGGGCUCGGGGAGGACCCGCAGCGCCAGGGGCUCCUCAAGACCCCCUGGAGGGCCGCGUCCGCCAUGCAGUUCUUCACCAAGGGGUACCAGCAGAAGAUCAUCGACGUGAUGAACGACGCCAUCUUCGACGAAGACCACGACGAGAUGGUGAUCGUCAAAGACAUCGACAUGUUCUCCAUGUGUGAACACCACCUGGUGCCCAUCUUUGGCCGGGUCCACAUCGGCUACCUGCCCAACAAGAGAGUCAUGGGCCUCAGCAAGCUGGCCAGGAUUGUUGAAAUCUACAGCCGUCGUCUCCAAGUUCAGGAGAGGUUGACCAAACAGAUCGCCGUGGCGAUCACCGAGGCACUGCAGCCCACCGGGGUCGGCGUGGUCAUUGAGGCCACUCACAUGUGCAUGCUGAUGCGCGGCGUGCAGAAGAUAAACAGUAAGACCGUCACCAGCACCAUGCUGGGGGUCUUCAGGGAGGACCCCAAGACCCGCGACGAGUUCCUGGCGCUGAUCCGGAGCUGAGGACCACUUCCUGUUUCCUCCACGGACGCCAUGUGUGUGUGUGUGUGUGUGUGUGUGUGACCCUGAGUCUGCGGCAUGCACUAUGCCCCCAUCUGUUCACGUGAGUUGUGUUUGUUCGAGUCGUCAGAUAUAAAUAAAUAUAAAUCAAUCAUCAGAUAUAAAUAUAAAUCAAUCAUCAGAUAUAAAUCAAUCGUCAGAUAUAAAUCAAUCAUCAGAUAUAAAUAUAAAUCAAUCAUCAGAUAUAAAUAUAAAUAAAUCAUCACAUAUAAAUAUAAAUCAAUCGUCAGAUAUAAAUAAAUAUAAAUCAAUCGUCAGAUAUCGAAAUACUGAAGUUUAACAGAAAGAAUCCACGCUGAGGGAAAACAUUACAAACAGAAUUAGUAAAAAAAAAAAAUGUGUUCACACAUAAAACAAGUUAUAAAACAUUUAGUGGUUUCAUCUCCGGGGUGUAAAGUGUCUCCGAUGGGGUGUUGGGACCAUUGUAGGUCAAAUAAUGAUAAUAAUUAUGGAGCAUUCUUUGAACUAAGAGUCAUAUAUUCACCAAAAACAAUUAACAGAUCUCCCCCCAAAAUGUUCAAGAAGAAACUCACAGAUUUACUAAAACAUAAUCAGUUAUAUUUUAUAUUAAGAAAUCAUGAAUUCAGAGUUUUUCGAUGAAAUUCAUGUCAUGUAUUUAAAGAGGAAAAAAGAACAUUUAGAUAUUUCCUGACAUUAACAUUGUAAAUUUACACCAAAGAAAUCAUAAAACAUACAGAAAGAUAAUUGGAUGUUUUCUAAAAUUAUAAAACGUACAAAUUAUUAUAAAGUUUUACAUUUGGGAGAAAAAACCAUUUCACUUUAUUUUAAAAUUUCGAUUUUAUUGUCAGAAUAUCUGCUCAUAACAUUUUAAAUCCAAACAACUCUUUUCAUCUUUAAAAAAAGAUACAAAUUAAAUAACUGAAUCAUUAGUUUUUUGAGUAGAAUUAUCUGAUGAAUAAUAACUUCAAAUAAAAUUGGACAGGCAGAAAAUGUAUUGCAACAAUUUAAUAGAUGAUUGUUUAAUCGUGUCAUAAAUAUUGAUUUUAUAUGAAAACGCUGAUCAAAGCUUCUAAAAUGGGAUGAUUGUGCAUUUGAUAAUAUUGAAUUAAAUAUCUGUAGUUUUAGGACAAAAACAAUCAGUUAGAAGUCGUCGUUUUGGGCCUUUUAUAAAUAAUUUAUGACGAAAAAACAAUUCAAAUCAAUGUAGAAGACAAUUUAAAUUCAAAUAGAUAAUGAAAAUAAAAGUCACUUUCCUGGGAUUGUAUCAGUAGAUAAUAAAGAUAAUUAUAUCUGUU